GAACCAAAGGAAGAUGAGCGACGCGUUGCUCUGGUGGGCUCCACUUCAAAACCUUGUGCAGACCACGACCGUAGUGCAGGAGGGCUCUGCAAAUGUUCCGCUGCAAUGAUCCCAUUCGACACAGCAGAGAAGAAGGUUACAGCUGGGGCGGGGUUUGAUAUCUUACUCAACUAUCUGCAUCAGCUUUCAGUGAAAGCCAAAGGGACAGGUUUAACAGCUAUUGUUGUCUGGGAGGUUAAAAAUGGACCAAAAAAUGAUGCAGAUUCUGCUGAUUUUACUGCUUUAUCCAAAAAUCCCUUCUGCUGUGGAAGUGGAAGAGGAUCAAAGCCAGGAGAUCAAAUGUUCACCUCCCAAUGAGGGAUCAAUCACAAUCAAGUUCCUUUUUAGAGUGCUGGAUAAAUCAGGCAUGGAGUUCAUAGGGUCGUUCAGCAAAACUGGUGUCAUAAAAGAAAAAGGAGCCAGCUACAACAGCUUGUCGGUAAAGUAUUCUGAACCUUCCUUCAUUUUUACGGUAAAGAACUUCAAUAAAGAGAAAGACAGUGGAAUAUACAGCUGUGCGUCUCUGGUCGGUGGAAAUAACCUACAAUUUGGAGACGUAACUACACUUAAGGGGAAGCAUAAAGCGACAAUGAAACCACCAGAAAUCCAGGCUCCCGCCGCCACCCAGGCAUCAACAACUAGGAGAAGCUGUGACUGUACGAUUAGGGUCAAUUCAGCAGAUCAUUCCUUGUUUUGUGCUCCAAUCAUACUCGGCCCUUUGGCUGGAGCCUGCGGCCUUCUUCUCCUGCUCCUCAUCGUCACUUUUCUAUACUGCAACAGAAUAAGGACUCGAAGAUGCCCUCACCAUUACAAAAGAAAGCUGAGGACGAUGGCGCCUGAAAAAGAAACGAUAACCAACAGAUACAUCUGAGCUUGAUGCAGUAAUUUUAUGUGCAUUUCUUUGAAGUGUAGCUGAAGUUCCCUCUUUGUUUCUUGUCAGAAGGAAAAAAAAACAUGUUUUUUAACAAGAUCAUGUAAAACAUUUAAAAGCCCAAAUCAGCUGAUGUGCUUAUUAAUAAAGAGAAAAGAUUCAAGCGUACUAGAAAAUGAGGUGACAGAAACGCUACCCCAUUUUAAUUAUGGACAUGCAGUUUUCACUGUGAUUUAAAUCCUUUUCCGAAAUCAAUAUACUUCUGUGCCUGCAUUUUUUAAUUAACAUGACAUCUGACAAGAAAUGUAUGUACUGAAGAAAAAACUGAGAACAUUUUACCAUGGUGUUUUUGAUUAUUUGCCAUUCUAACCCAUGUGUAGCUGUAUAUAUUCAUCUUCUUUGUGUUUCUCACAUUUACAGUACUUCGAUCUGAAUUUCCUCUUGAAAUGAGAUCAAACUUUACUGUUACACUUUAGCUUCCUGUUUGUUUCAAGCAUGUUAUCACUGUCUAAUUUUUUUAGCUUAAAAAUCACAUGAUCCAGCGAUGUGUAUAUUUUUCUAUCUUUUAUACGUUUUAAGGCAAUAACAAUUAAAAAGACCAAAUAUAAAAUCUUCAUUUUUAAAUUUUU